AUGUCAUCAGUCGUGGAAAAUCAAUUAAAUAAUUUGAAUUUAAAUCAAAAUCAGAAUCAAAAUGAAUUAUCUAUACCAUUAAAUAAAGGAUCUAAAGUCUAUAAACUUAAUGAAGCAGUUAAUAUUUAUUAUCAGAACAAGGAAUUUUUGAACAAUUUGAAUUUUCCUGGUAAUGAUUUCAAGAAUUCAACACCCAAAGAUAUUAUUCAUUUCAAUAAAUUCGAUAAACUUGAUCAACUCAAUGAUACAUCGUCAAAUCAAAUCGACACUCAAAACACUUCAUCCCAAUUUAUUGAAGUUAAAUCACAGCCGUCAGCUCAACCCCAUAAUCACCCAUUGAAUCAAUCUCAACCUCAACCUCAAACGUUCACUGAAGAUGAUGAUAUUUCGAUCAAAAUGAUUAGUCCUGAAAAUUUAGUUUGGUAUUAUUUAGAUUCCAUGAAUAAUGAACAAGGCCCUUUCACUUCAACUCAAAUGCAGAAUUGGUUUAAUGAUGGUUAUUUGAAUCUUGAAUUAAUGAUCAAAUACAAUAAUUCCAAGUUCUUGAAAUUGAAAGAAAUCUGUCAGUUGGGUAGUUUUUCAAAACCUUUUGAUGUUUCCUUACCUGAACCAAGUUUAAACCAAUCAUUGAAACCAACAUCAAGUUUAUUGAAUAAUAACUUAUCUAAUAAUUUGAAUAUUAAUUAUGAUUUGAACUUGAAUUAUUAUCCUUUGAUGAAUAAUAUGAGUAGUAAUAUUAAUGGUUUGAACAACAAUUUGAACAAUAACUUGAACAACAACUUGAACAACAACUUAAACAACAACUUAAACACCAAUUUGAAUUCCAAUUUAUUAAACAACAACUUAAACAACAACUUAAACAAUAACUUAAACAUCAAUAACUUCAACAACUACAACAAUUCCAAUAUCAACUACAUGAAUCAAAAUUUGAAUUUAAACACCAAUUUGAAUUAUUCAAACUUGAUUAAUCCUUUGUCAAGAACCAAUUCUAGUUGGGGUGUUGAUUAUUCUUCUCCUUCUACUCCUUUAGCUCAAUUAGAAAAUCCUUUAAACAAUUCCAAUCAAGCUUUGAAUAUGGGUCAACCUUUAAAUAUGAACCAACCUUUAAAUGUCAACCAACCUUUAAAUAACUUACAUCAACCUUUAAAUAAUUUGAAUAACUUGAAUAUGGGCAUUCAACCUCCUUUAUCACCUUGGUCAACUCCAGUUGCAAAUUCACCAUUUAUUACUACCCAAAAUUCCAAUUCCAAUUCAGAAUCCAUCAUGGAUGAGAAAGUUUCAACUAAUAGUUUAGAUAAUGAUGAAAUCAAUAUUCAAAAUGAUGAAAUUCCUAUCAAAGCUCAUGAAUUUGAAAAUAUCACUCAAGAUGAAAUUAUUCAACCAAAUGUCAUCAAAGGUGAAAUUGUAGAAGAAAUUGUACAACCCAAUGUUAUUAAGGUUGAACAAGAGGAAAUCUUCCAACCAAAAGUUGUGAAAAUUGAAGAAGAAAUUGUUCAACCAAAAGUUGUCAAAAUCGAACAAGAAAUCACCCAACCAAAAGUUUCAAAAACUGAAACUCCUAAAAAGAAAGAAAUCAAAGAAGAAAAGAAAAAAUUGGUCACUGAAAUCAAGAAAGAUGAUAAAAAAGAUGAAAAAGUUGACAACAAAGCACCUUGGGCAAAUAUUAACACUGUCAAUGGAUCCAAAUUAAGUUUAAAAGAUAUUCAAAGAAUCGAAAAUGAAAAGUUCUUAAAACAAAAACAAUCUGAAAAUGAAUUCAAAUCUGAAAACACCAACUUCUUAAUUCAAGAAAUCGAAAAACAAGAAAGACAAAAAGAAUUAGAAAGAAGUGAAAAGGUGUUACCUUCAACUUGGGGAUCAUCCAAUACUUCAAUUCAAAAACCAGUAAAGACUUUAUUGGAAAUUCAAGAAGAAGAGAGAAAGGCUAGUGAAUUAGUUAAGAAAGCUAAACAAUCAACUAUUGCAUCAACUUUAAGUUCAGCCCCAACUGUAGAUAAUUCAUGGACUACUGUUGUCAAUAGUAACAAGAAACCAAUCACUGCUAAACCUUCAGCUUUCCAAAUUUCAAAUUCAAGAACUGUUACUGAUCCCUCAAAAUUAAGAAGUAUCUCAGCCAACAAUUUAGUUUCUGAUAAUUCAAUGAAACAAAGAAUUGAGUUUGCGUCUUGGGCCAAAUCUCAAAUGGUCAAUUUAUAUCCUUCAGUAUCAACCAAUGAUUUAUUAGAAAUGUUCAUUUCUUUACCAAAUAAUCAAGAUUCAAAUCAAUUAAUUUCCGAAACUAUUUAUUCAUCAUCAACUACAAUGAAUGGUAGAGUUUUCGCUACUGAUUUCUUAAAGAAAAGAGGAAUUGUUGAUAGAGCUGUUGGUAGUGAUUUAACUGAAUGGUCAAGAGCUAUCAUUGAAAGUGGUGAAGUUGAAAAAGUUGAAGAUGGUUGGUCAACAAGUACUAAACCUAAAAAGAAAGGUAAAAAAAAUUAA